AUGCUCCUGAAAUCUGUCAGGCUGUCCUGUGGCCACACGCUUUGCACCGACUGCCACGAGGAGUGCGCUCGGCAAGGCAGCACCUGCCCUCUGGACGACGAGCCCUUCGACGACCAGAGCUUUGUUCGACUCGAGAUUUCGGCUGAAUACAUUGGAAAGCUCAAGGUGGCCUGCUGGAACAAACCCAGUGGCUGCAGUUUCGUGGGUCCCACUGCCAGUCUCCUGGAGCACUACAAGGAUUGCGCCUUCCACACCGUGACUUGUCCUGCUUGCCAAUCCACUCUGCUGCGGAGGGACAUAGUGGGACGCGUUAAAGAUGGCUGCCACGUCUGCCCAAAUGAAUCUGAUCACAGCGAUUCUACUCCGCAUCUUACUCAUGUCGCCAAGAUGAGCAACGAUCUGAAAGGAACAUUGUGCAGGCUUUCGGAUGGUCUAUCAAGUCUGCAAACUAGCUUCAACCAGUGCCGCGAGGACGUCAGGGAAGCAGAAAGAAGGAGCAAAGAACAUUUUGAAGCUCAGUCGACGCAGUUUAGGGAGGAUGUGAUCAUAGCGUUUAGCACGAGUUUGCCUGUAUUAGAGAAACGCCUGGCCAUGGAGUUGCGUGAACAAAGCCAGAAGCUUCUCAGUGCCACAAACAGUGCUUGUCGUAAGGUGCUGAGUUUUUGCGGAGCACGGGAGUUUCACUUGUACUUUGAGAAAUGGACAUCCCUGAAGAAAAAGGCAAUGCAUGAGGGCACAGCGAGAGCUGAAAGCCCACCGGAGUACGUGUGUGGAUACAACGUGUCCAUUGUGGUCGCUCUCACUUACGGAAAGGAGCAUAGUAAAUUCGAAUCUGGACUCGAAUUUCAUCCUGGUUCCAACGAAUCAAAGACUGAGUGGCCAUUCCGCAAAAUUUUUAAGGUCACUCUCAUUCACAGCAUGGAUGAAGGAAAAAACGUGCUUAAAAGUUUAGAUGUGAGUGAAUAUCCUUAUAGUCUAAUGUUCCAGAUGCCAACGAGAAAACCUAAUGAGGCGUUUCUAUGCCCCUUCGUGUAUUCCCCCAACUACCUCGAAAAGAACGGCUUUGUGAAGAACGACACAUUGCACCUUUUCGCUCAAAUUGACUAA